CCUCUACGGAUCCAGAAGAUCAGCCGCAAUCCUUCCACACGCGACGCGCGGCGGCAGAGCAGCGCUGGGAGCGCGAUGACCGCAACAAUUUCAAUCAAACGCGCUGUAGGAGCCGCGUUUAGCUGCUCUUUGCCUCAGGCGCCCUACUGCCGCUACCACCUGAACCAGGGAGAGCUCAGAGCUCUCCCUCUGCUGUGGCAACAGGGUGAUUGAAGUAGUACGCCAGAGAGUCGCUGUGUCCGAGCACGGAGACGUCGAGCGCGCUAGACCACAGUGCUCCGGAGCCCAGCUGACUAUGCGGCUGGUUCUAGCCUGCGUCCUCGCGCGGGCCGCGGCCCUGCGACCAGAACCGGUCCGCCACGCGCCGCCGCGGGCGCCGCCGCGCUCGCGGCGCGCGCUGCUCCGCACCUUGUCCCUCGCGCCGCUGGGCCUCGCGCGCCCGAGCCUGGCCGCGGACGCGACGGAGCGGCUGCGGGCGGGCUACGACGGCAUCGAGGCCCUCCUCAAGAACUGGGACAAGGAGACGUUCAUCAAGUGCGGCCAGGAGGGCCAGGUGACCCUCGCGGCCGAGUGCGACCGCGACGCCAACAAGGUGCCCGCGGCGCUCGGCCUCAAGUCGACGGACGCGCCGCUCUUCAAGGUGGAGAAGCUCUUCAAGGCCGCCAUCACGCCGGACGUCGACAUCGACGCCUGGAACCUGGCGACGGAGCAGUUCGUGCAGCACAGCACGUCCGCGCAGGAGUACGCGUACACGGCGUCCUUCGGCGAGUACAACCCGUCGGGCGGCAAGGACCAGGUCGCCAAGUACAUGGACCUGUCCAAGGACGAGUUGGUUCUUGCCCGGGACGCGCUCCGGGACGUCCUGAAGCAGAUCGGCGGCCUGUGAGUAAGUGCCGCUUCGUCUCUG